GGGGACGCUGCGCGCUUUAAGGCCGCUGCGGGGAGAACAGAAACCAAGUUCCCCGGCAACGAGCAGCAUCAACCCGGCGGGAGGCCGGAGCCAGAGAGGCCCAAAAAGGCUGCGGAGUGAGCCGGCCUCUCCGUGUCCAGCGCGCCCCCCUCCGCCUUCUUCCUCGGCCGCCCAGCCCUAAAUUUCGAUUAGCUUUUUCGCCUACGGAAAUCCUAGGGAGGGGGUUAGGAGCAGCUGCGCCCCCCUCCCUGCGGCUGCCGCCCCCCUGCUUUUAAGGCGCUGCUCCCUGCCGCGUGCGCCCGGGCAGUGCAUCUCGGCAGGCCCCAACCAUGUCGAUGCUGCCGUCGUUCGGCUUCACGCAGGAGCAAGUGGCGUGCGUGUGCGAAGUUCUGCAGCAAGGCGGGAACCUGGAGCGUCUGGGCAGGUUCCUGUGGUCGCUGCCCGCCUGCGACCACCUGCACAAGAAUGAAAGCGUGCUCAAGGCCAAGGCCGUGGUUGCGUUCCACCGCGGGAACUUCCGCGAGCUCUACAAGAUCCUGGAGAGCCACCAAUUCUCGCCUCACAACCACCCCAAGCUGCAGCAACUGUGGCUGAAGGCGCACUACGUGGAGGCCGAGAAGCUGCGCGGCCGGCCCCUGGGCGCGGUGGGCAAAUAUCGGGUGCGCCGAAAAUUCCCGCUGCCGCGCACCAUCUGGGACGGCGAGGAGACCAGCUACUGCUUCAAGGAGAAGUCGCGGGGUGUGCUGCGGGAGUGGUACGCGCACAACCCGUACCCCUCGCCUCGUGAGAAGCGGGAGCUGGCCGAGGCCACGGGGCUCACCACCACCCAGGUCAGCAACUGGUUUAAGAACCGGAGGCAAAGAGACCGGGCCGCCGAGGCCAAGGAAAGGGAGAACACCGAAAACAAUAACUCCUCCUCCAACAAGCAGAAUCAACUCUCUCCUCUGGAAGGGGGCAAGCCGCUCAUGUCCAGCUCAGAAGAAGAAUUCUCACCUCCCCAAAGUCCAGACCAGAACUCGGUACUUCUGCUGCAGGGCAAUAUGGGCCACGCCAGGAGCUCAAACUAUUCUCUCCCUGGCUUAACGGCCUCACAGCCCAGCCACGGCCUGCAAGCCCACCAGCAUCAGCUCCAGGACUCCCUGCUGGGCCCUCUCACCUCCAGUCUGGUGGACUUGGGGUCUUAAGUGGGGAGGUACUGGGCCUGGAAGCAGUGACUAGGGACACUUGUAAAUAGAAAUCAGGAACAUUUUUGCAGCUUGUUUCUGGGGUUCUCUGCGCAUAAAGGAAUGGUGGACUUUCACAAAUAUCUUUUUAAAACUCAAAACCAACAGCGAUCUCAAGCUUAGUUAGUUACCUUCUUCUCUCCAACUCUUGCAUUUCCCAUCCCAGUGCAGAGAUCAGGAAAAAAAAAAAGAAAAAAAAAACCCAAACAAACAAAAGCACCCACUCACCCAGUCUUGGUUCUGGGCAAUCCAUGUGCCAGCUUCAGUAGCCUUGCUUUUCUUUUCUUUUCUUUUCUUUCUUUCUUUCUUUCUUUCUUUCUUCUUUCUUUUUUUUCCAGUGAAUGGGAAUUACAAAUCAACUGAAUUUUACUUAUUUCCUUUUUAAUUUAUUUAUGGCAAAAUCAUUUGGGAAGAGGAAAAGGAAAUGAAGAGAGAGAGAGAGAGAGAAGUCAAAAUAGUGAAAAUAAAAGCCUCCAGCCAGGAGGAAAAUGUUUGCAUUCUUAAGGUGAAUAGGAAAAAUAUGAUCUUAUAACUUUUUUUUGAUGGGGAAAAAAUUAAGUUUACAUUUUUCAUUAUUUAGUGUUAAACACUUUUAUGUAGAUUAAAAUGAAAGAACAGUAUUAGGGGGAAAACUAAGUGCCUAAAUGUCUUAAUGCUCUCUGUGUAAGGCAGUUAGAAAUAGCAGUGACCAUUAGUGCUACAACUAUUUUUGUCAAAUUUAGUGGGGUUUUUGGUUGUUGUUUGUUUUCUUGGGUUUUUUUAAUGGCAAACUUUAAAAAUGUACCAAUGUGAAAAAAAAAAAAAACACUUUCCUGAAUGCCAUUACUUCUCAUGCCCUUGAAGCUUUCAUAUCUGUAGCCUACUCCUGUUAAGGGUUUCUCUUGUUCCUAGUUUCUAGCCUGCAAAAAUAUGCGACAAAUCUGGCAACCUGGUAUUUGUUACUAAAACAGCAUGUGUUUUCAGGUUUCUUUUCUAUUGUACCUAAACCAGUCUAAAUUAAAACUUAGUAGAACACCAGGAGUACGAUUCUGUUUCUGAAAGGUGAGUUGUGUAUUGCUGUCAUUGGGCCCUAUUUUUUUUUUUUUUUUUGAAGUUUUCUUGCUUUCUUACUUAAUGAUGGUUAUGAAUUGCAGGGUACUUUGAAGGCCACCACCUGAACCAAGAGUGGUGACUGAGUUGAUUAUGUGAUAGAAAAAGAGUGAAGUUAGCUCUAGGGUAUUUAUUUAUUUUUUUAUUAUUUAGAUAUGCAGUUUUGUUUACCACUAGCUCUUCUCCACAGCGUUCAUAUGUUAACUCAGCUCUUUUGUAUUAAUGAGUUUAUGACAAGACUGUGAAAGUAAAAUAAUAUAUCUGCUUGGGAAAAAAAAAAGGUGGGGGGGACUCGAACAUGGAUAACAACAUUGUGAAUUAACCUGUAUAAAUAGAAAGCAGACCAACAGGACAGGGGCUCUUUGCACUGCUGUGAGAUAGUGUCCAGAAAAAUCCCAGUAAUCGUGUAGGCUCCAUAUUAUUUUUGCCUGGGGCAAAAAUGAUGUAUCUUUGUAUUUAGCUUUUAAAAUUAGUGAAACAAAUGGCAUUAUUUAUUAAAAUUCUACUCAGGAUAACA